ACUGAUAACUGAUAAGUGAUGAGCCAUUAAGCAAAUGUAUUAAAAUUUAAAAUGUGCAUUGUGCGACUCACUGAGGAGCCCCGAGCCUGGAACACUGGAGUUUAGUGUCUGGUACAGUCAAACCUUCAAAUUAAUACGUUUUCUAUGAGUAUAGUCACAUAGGUUCAAAGUUCUCCAACGCAAUUGUUUGAUUAUAAUUGGAUAGAUUCCGGAGUUGUUUUUCCACAAUAUGCAUGUAUCCCAUCGCUGCUAUUGAAGAAUAAUGACAUUUAAGUUGCAAUAACACAUCCAAUUUAAUAGACUGAUAAUCUACUGAAGUUAAAAUAUGUCUUUCGAUGACGGAGUGCAAGCAACCAACUGUGAUGCUACAAAGUGCAAGUAUUCAGCUGUAAAGAUGGGCUAUUGGCAGGACGAUUUCAUACAGUAUUUUGUAACCGGCUACGAACGUAAAACGCCAGAGAUUAAUCGAGGAUAUUACGCUCGUACUAAAGGUGUUGCUAUGUUUAUGGACAAAUUUCUCAAGAAAACAGGAUCAAAUUGUCAAAUCAUAAACCUUGGUGCUGGGUUUGACACUCUCUACUGGAGACUGAAAAAUAGUGGAAUAAUAGUGAAUAAUUAUAUUGAAAUUGACUUUGCUUCAGUUACGUCCAAAAAAUGUUUUUUAAUCAAAAAGAGUAAAAUUUUAUUACAGACCAUUAGCCCACACGAGGGUGAAGUCAAAAUGAUAGGACCAGAUUUACAUGCGCCUGAUUACCACAUAAUCGGCACGGAUCUUCGAAAUCUAACGGAACUGGAUAAGAAAUUAACUCAAUGCGGCAUAAAUUUUGAUAUACCCACAAUGUUUUUAACUGAAUGCGUUCUUGUCUAUAUGGAGCCAGAAAGUUCAUCAAUGUUAUUGCACUGGAUUGCGAAGAAGUUUAAUGACAUUUUUUUUAUUAAUUAUGAACAAGUUAACAUGAAUGAUAAUUUUGGACGGAUCAUGCUCGAUAACUUGCGCAAUAGAGGAUGUCAGUUAGCUGGGGUUGAUGCAUGUUUAAGCCCUCAAACGCAAAUGGACAGGUUUGUAAGAGUUGGUUGGGAUAGUGCACGAAGUUGGAAUAUGAUAAAUGUAUAUGAAUACUUGCCCGAAGAAGAUAGAUAUCGUAUGGAAAGAUUAGAAAUGCUAGAUGAACUAGAACUGCUCCAACAAUUGUUACAACACUAUUGUAUUACAAUAGCCUGGAAAGGCAUAACCAUGGCUGACGUUGAUCAUUUAUAGCAGUUACAGCGGCAGGUUAUCAAUGACAUAGCUCAUAACCUGCAUAUUGGAUGUUGAACAAAAAUACAUCCAUUCAUACACAAAUUGCAUCUAAAUUCUAAAUCUUCUUGUUUUUUUACAAUUUAUCUCAUUAUAAUAAUAUAAUAUGGUAGUUAUAUGAUUUUGACAUUUUGUUAAGUAAAUUGAUAAAUAUUUAGCAGUAAUACUAAGUAAUAAGUAUUCAUAAUCAAUGGUUAUAACUACAAUAUACAACAAUGUAAAAUU